AGAAAUGUGGCGAUUUUUGCAUACAGCACAGCAACAACGUAAUCGUGAUCUGGAUGUUCUUCGUCGGGAUAUCGACACGGAUGUGCACAUUAAAUCGGCAGGGGAUCUAUUGCAAAGCCUACAAGUGGAUCCUGAACUGGGUUUAUCUACAGUUAUUGCAAAGAAUCGCCUACGAGAUCAAGGACCGAAUGCACUAACUCCGCCGAAAAAAACCUUGGAGAUUUUUAAAAUUUUGCAUCGAUGUUGCGGAAGAUUUUCCUUGCUAAUAUGGGUGGGCGCCAUUUUGUGCUUCGGCAAUUACUUCUUGGAGUUAGAGACCUACGGUGAGGCUUCCGAGGAUCAUCUCUGGCUUGGUUUAGUUCUGAUCGUGUUGAUCGCAGUCACCAGCGUGUUCAGUUACUAUCAAGACUCCAAAAGUUCACGCAUCAUGGAAUCAUUCCAGCAGAUGGUGCCGCAACGGGCCAAGGUUCUACGGGAUGGCGAGAGAAAGGAGCUGCUGGCGACCGAGCUGGUGGUCGGGGACAUCGUCCUACUGGAGACCGGCGACCGGGUGCCCGCUGACAUUAGGAUCCUGGAAUGUCAAGGUUUAAAGGUUGAUAAUGCGUCAAUUACGGGCGAAUCGAUACCAUUGAUACGAACAGCUAAUAUUCCGCAAACCGGAAGUGUCAUUCAAGCGAAGAACAUGGUAUUUUAUUCUACAAAUAUUGUCGAAGGUAGUGGAAAAGGCGUCGUUGUAACUUGUGGCGAUCAUACAGUGAUGGGCAGAGUGGCUAAGUUAACUUCAAAACUAUCAGCCCGACCUACACCUCUCUCCUGGGAGAUACAUCGCUUCAUGAAACUGGUCUCGUAUUGGGCCAUCUUCCUGGGUGUUUCGUUCUUCGCCAUGUCCGUAGCGAUAGGCUACGACUGGAUCGACUCGGUGGUAUUUCUGAUCGGAAUUAUCGUGGCGAACGUGCCAGAGGGCAUUAUCGCCACGAUGACGGUCAGCUUGACCUUGACCGCCAAGAGGAUGGCCAACAAGAAUUGUCUGGUGAAGAAUCUCGAGGCUAUUGAAACUCUAGGGUGCACCGCCGUUAUCUGCAGCGACAAAACCGGCACCCUCACACAAAAUAAAAUGACUGUGCGACACGUGUGGUACGACGGUCUAUUAUGCGAGGUGAUGGCGUCAGAUACGUGGCGGAAAUAUACUAACAACCCAGGCUUUGAGAAUCUGGCCAGGGUGGCGAGUCUCUGUAAUCGCGCUAACUGGGCACCAAUGUCCGAAGAUAAGCCUGUGCCGCCAUUAAAUAAAAGAAAAAUUUUAGGAGAUGCCUCGGACGCAGCUCUAUUGAGAUGCGUGGAAGUUCUCGUAAAGGGAGGAGCUGAUUUCUUCAGAAAAGACUACAUCAAGAUAUUGGAGAUCCCUUUUAAUUCAACGGACAAGUUCCAAGCAAAUGUAUAUCUAUUUCGCGGCAAGUAUUUCAUAUGCUUCAAGGGUGCUCCUGAACGUGUCCUCGAACGUUGUUCAACAGUAGCAUUCGGUAACGAGACCAAAGCUUUGGAUGAAGAGACGAGGAGAGCAUACAUGGAAUCCUGUUAUAUUCUGGCAAAUAAUGGAGAACGCGUUCUUGGCUUUGCCGAUCUUGAACUCUCAACUAAGACUUUCCCUAUGGGUUAUCAUUUCGAAGCUGAUCCUCCAAAUUUCCCUCUUGAAAAUUUGAGAUUGGUCGGCCUAAUCGCCAUGAUGGAUCCACCGCGACCAACUGUUCCCGACGCCGUAUAUAAAUGUCGUUGUGCCGGCAUUAAAGUCAUCAUGGUGACCGGGGAUCAUCCUGACACUGCCAAGGCUAUUGCCAAAUACGUCGGAAUCAUCACCGAUCACAAUGGUUAUGAUAGUUCCAACAAUAAUGCCACGGAACAUCACAUCGUAGUGACGGGUGCACAGCUGCGAGACCUGUUACCGGAGCAACUGGAUCAGUUAAUCAAGCAGUAUCAGGAGAUCGUGUUUGCCAGGACGUCGCCGGUCCAAAAGCUGCAGAUAGUCGAGAGUUGUCAAAGAUUGCAUCUGAUCACCGCGGUUACCGGCGACGGUGUCAACGAUUCUCCAGCUUUGAAGAAAGCCGAUAUUGGCAUCGCUAUGGGCAUCACAGGAUCUGAUGUGAGCAAGCAAGUGGCGGAUUUAAUAUUGUUGGACGACAACUUCGCGUCAAUAGUGACGGGCAUUGAGGAGGGUCGACGGGUUUUUGACAAUCUCAAAUCCAGCAUCGCGUAUAUCAUGGCGAGCAAUAUACCGGAAAUAACGCCCUUCCUAGCAUUCAUUGUUUUAGGGAUUCCUUUGCCACUUGGUAUAAUUUGCAUCUUAUGCAUCGAUCUGGGAACGGAUAUGUGGCCGGCAGUCUCUUUAGCUUAUGAAAAGUCCGAAUCCGAUAUUAUGCUGAGGAAGCCCAGAAUACCCCAGAGUGAUCAUUUGGUCAGUCGACGAUUGAUUUUCAUGGCUUAUGGUCAGAUUGGCAUAAUUGAGGCAUGUGCGGGUUUCUUUGCGUAUUUCAUAGUGAUGGCAGAGUAUGGUUUUCUGCCUAAGCGAUUAUUGGGUUUAAGACCGCAGUGGGAUAGCCCAGCAAUAAACGAUUUAGAAGACAGUUUCGGACAGGAAUGGACUUAUGAACAGCGCAAGAUUCUCGAGUACACUUGUCACACUGCUUUCUUCAUCAGUAUCGUAAUUGUACAAUUGGUGGAUGCAAUGGUCUGUAAAACCCGUCGCAACUCGCUAUUGCAUCAGGGUAUGGGCAACUGGAUCUUGAAUUUGGGUCUACUUCUUGAGAUCGCCCUGGCUUGUGUAAUUGGCUAUGCGCCCUAUAUGGACCGCAUUUUGAAGACAUAUCCUUUGAAACCGGAAUGGUGGUUACUCGGGAUGCCAUACGCCAUUAUGAUAUUAAUUUACGAGGAAUUAAGGAAAUGGUGGAUUAGAAGAAAUCCAGACGGUUGGUGGGAUAGAGAAACUUCAUUUUAGAUUUUGUAUGAUCAUCAAGUGUUGUAACUUCGGAUGAAGUGGGGGCCGCAUAUAAGACCCCGACGUUCGAAGGGGCCCAGUAGUCUCUAGUCAUCAAUACUACUCAAUAC